AUUCCUUCAAUAAUCACUUUAUUUUGUAGGUUUGGGGUUAUCCAUUCUGUGUUCACAAAUCUACUCCUGUGGACAAAUGGAGUGCUAACAGAGUCAAAACAUCAACUGAAUGAACAUAAGGAAAGACUAAUCACACUAGGGUUUGGGAACAUAACAAUAGUUUUAGAUGACCAUGCACCUCAAUGCAACUGCACGACAACAACUCUCUGUUCGAUAUUUUCACAAGGAAUAUAUUAUCUAUACCCCUUUAAUAUAGAGUACCACAUCCUAGCAUCCACAAUGCUCUAUGUCCUGUGGAAGAACAUUGGCCGCAAAGUCGAGUGCCAGCAGCAACACAAAACUCCAUUCAAAUUCCAUGGCAUAACUGUUGGAAUGAUUUUUGGACUAAUUGUGUUAACUAGCACAAUAGCCAUAGUUGUUGUGUAUUUAAUUCAGAUUGGACGUUCAAAAAUCAAAAGCGAGUUAGCACUUACUAUGUUUUACUUGCAUGCUAUCUUUGUCUUGGCUCUCAUGUGUACAGCUGGAAUUGUCGCCCUUCUCAUCUACAGACUGGAAGAUAGAUCAUUGGAUAAUUCAAAAAAUCCUGCUCGAAAACUUGAUGCAGAGCUGCUGGUGGGCACAGCUGCGGGGUCCUGGCUCCUCUCCUGGGGCUCGAUCCUCGCCAUUAUCUGUGCCCAGGCUCAUCCAAAAUACACAUGGUAUAACCUGCCCUACUCCGUUCUUGUUAUUAUUGAGAAAUAUAUUCAGAACCUCUUUAUCAUUGAAUCCAUACAUCGUGAACAGGAAAAAGUGAAUGACGAUAUUAAAACUCUUCGAAUUGUGACUAUAUCUCGGGGGAGCACUUUAUCACUUACCCCCUCAUACAAAGAGAUUUACAAUGGCAGAGCUGCUGGUGACAGCGGAGAGAUACCCUGCUUGUUUAAGGGCAGUAUCAGUGGGAGAGAAAAUCAUGCUGGUGGUGAUGCCAAAGAAGAAACAAGUCAGGAAAAUAGUUCGGUCAUGCAUUCAGCCUCAGAUUUCUCAUUUUACAGUAGAAAUUCAGUUACUAACAACAAGAGGAGAGUUCUGAAGAACAUCGCUGCAUUUUUAUUCCUAUGCAAUCUUUCGCUUUGGAUACCACCGGCAUUUGGGUGCCGCCCGGAAUAUGACAAUGGACUAGAAGAAAUAGUUUUUGGCUUUGAACCCUGGAUAAUUGUUGUGAACCUUGCAAUGCCUUUUUCUAUUUUCUAUCGGAUGCAUUCAGCUGCCUCGCUCUUUGAGGUCAAUUGUAAAACAUAAAUCAUAUACGGUCCCUCAGUGAACAAUUGAUUGAAUAAUUAAUUAAAUAAAUAACAGUUGAAUGAGUGGAUGAAUGAAUGAGUGAACACAACAACAGCUGCUCAAUAAACAGAAAAUUCAAUAUUUUUUUAAAAGAA